CCCCGCGUGCGCCUCAGUUAAGCGCUGCUUCACCGCGCGCGACGCGUCUCUCCUCGCCUUAUUCUCUCCCCUCCUCUCCUGUCCUCCGCGCAGCGCGUGUGCAUCUCUUCUCCUGUCCUCUCGCCGGAGCGCGCGAGCAGAGAGAGAGAGUGAGAGUGACGGAGCGCGUGAGACACUGCGCGAAUCGCAAACCCGCACAACACACCCGAGCUCCACGAGCCCAGUGAAUUCUACCGGAAGAAGAGAACACGCACGCAUACGGGACGGUUUGGGGUUUUCUGAGAAAGCAGCCCGAAAGCGGAAACUCAACUCCGAGCUCGCGAGUCCGUUCUUCUCCAGAAGAAGAAAAAGAAGAAGAACAAGAAGAGAUGUUCUCUCUGUUCUCAUCCAUUCUUCUGCUUGUCCUCUUGCUCUCAGGUUUCGGAUCCUGUGCUGUGUUCAUUCAGCAGCCUCAUGACGUGGUCGUGGUGGCAGGGCAGCCUGUAACUCUACCGUGCGCUAUCACCGGCUAUCACGGCAUGGUCCUGUGGGUCAAAGACGGCCUGGCUCUCGGAGUUAAUCGGGACAUGUCAGGCUAUCCACGCUACGACGUAGUGGGUGAUCACAGCAAAGGCGAGUACCACCUUCUGAUCCAGAGGACAGAGCUCGCUGAUGACGGAAGCUUUGAGUGUCAAGGCAUCCAGGCUGGCAUCAGGUCUCGACCUGCUCGCCUCACUGUCCUAGUUCCUCCUGAGGACCCCGUGAUCAUCGGAGCGCCCGUGGUGAGUCUGAGAGCCGGUGACCCGCUUAACCUGACGUGCCACGCCGACAACGCCAAGCCGGCAGCCUCCAUCAUCUGGAUCCGUAACGGAGAGGUGCUCAACGGUGCCAUGUACUCCAAGACGCUGUUGCGUGACGGCCACAGAGAGAGCACCGUCAGCACCCUCUACGUCUCGGCGUCCAACAUCGAGAGCGGCCAGCGCAUCACCUGCCGGGCGUCCAACAAAGCCGCGCCCAACGGCAAAGAGGCCACGGUCACCAUCGACAUCCAGCACCUUCCUCUGGUGAACCUCUCUGCGGAGCCGCAGCCCAUUCUGGAAGGGAAUCCGGUCAGGUUUCACUGCUCGGCCAAGGCCAACCCGCCUGUCACUCAGUACAGAUGGGCUAAAGGCGGCACCGUGAUCCGGGACGCGGUUGGAGAGACGUACGAGGUGGCUGUGGAUCACUCGUUCUUCACCGAGCCGGUUUCCUGUGAGGUCACCAACGCGCUCGGGAGCACCAACAUCAGCCGCAACGUCGACGUCUACUUCGGACCUCGUCUGGCAGCCGAACCGCAGUCCCUCCAGGUGGAUUUGGGCUCGGACGCCGUCUUUAACUGCGCCUGGAUGGGAAAUCCCUCGCUCACCAUCGUGUGGAUGAAACGCGGCCACGGCGUGGUGCUUAGCAACGAGAACACGCUGACCCUGAGGGCCGUGAAACAGGAGGACGCCGGGAAAUACGUCUGCCGGGCCGUGGUUCCUCGAGUCGGAGUCGGGGAGAAGGUGGUGACUCUUACCGUCAACGGCCCUCCUACUAUCUCCAGCACCCAGACACAGCAGGCUCUGUACGGAGAGAAAGGCCAGAUCAAGUGCUUCAUCCGCAGCACUCCUCCUCCAGAUCGCAUUGCCUGGUCUUGGAAGGAGACGGUCCUGGAGUCGGGAACGUCAGGGAGGUACACGGUGGAGACGGUGAGCACGGAGGAAGGCGUCAUUUCCACUCUGACCAUGAGCAACAUCGUCCCCGCCGACUUCCAGACCAUUUACAACUGCACGGCCUGGAACAGCUUCGGCUCCGACACCGAGAUCAUUCGCCUCAAGGAACACGGGUCCCUGCGCUUGGCCGUCAUCAUCGGGGUCGCGGUGGGAGCUUUCCUGGCGCUCAUCGUCCUCAUGGGGACUCUGGGGGCUUUCUGCUGCGCUCGCCUGCAGAGGAAAGACAUGCACCUGGUAAUGUCCUCACUGCCCGUCUCGCUCUCUGCUCGCCAGAGAGAACUCUCGAGUGCAAUUAAGACUGAAAGCCUCAAAGGGGUCGUCUCGGCAAAGAAUGACAUCCGGGUGGAGAUCGUUCACAAGGAUCAUAACGCGGCGAGGGAGACGGAGGAGCACGCGGGCGCGAAGCAGAUGAUGAUGGAGCGUGGGGAGUUCCAGCAGGAGUCUGUGUUGAAGCAGCUGGAGGUUCUACAGGAGGAGGAAGAGGAGUUUCAGCACGUUAAGGAUCCGACCAACGGGUACUACAGCGUGAACACCUUCAAGGAGCACAACGCCACUACGUCGGCUGAAGUCCGCAACCCAUCCGGAUCAGCGACGCUGGGUAAACAGCGCGUACCCACAGGCAUGUCCUUCACUAACAUCUACUCCACGCUGGGAGCCGCGCCCAACCACCGGCUGUACGACUACGGCGGCCGCUUCGUGCUGGCCAUGGGCUCCAGCUCCAUCGAGCUGUGCGAGCGCGAACUCAGCGAUUCCGGAUCCUUCCAGGACGCCCCGUGCGACAGCAGCGCGAGCAGUUACUUCGACAAAGCGAGCAAGGCCUCGGCUUCGUCCUCGACGCACCACUCGCAGUCGUCGUCACAGAACUCGGACCUGACACGGCCGCUGCAGAAGCGCAUGCUCACCCAUGUCUGAGCACAAAACUCUCUCUGAACCUCGCCAAGAACCACACGUUCCACCUGAAACCUUUGAGAUGUCCGACGUCCUUUGCUCGGAUGAGUAGUGUGGAACGCGUCGGUAUUUUCUAACAAGCAACGACUUUUGUACGUUUUACUGAGCCAGUCGUUUCGCAGUGACGCAAAACAAUUCUCAUCGAACGUCGUUCCAUGACAAUCAGGAGUCCAUCCUUACGCUUCAUUUUAGUGUCUUCAAAGUUUUUUGGACAUAUUUUUGGGAAAACGGAAAAUUUCUCCUCAGAUGUCAUUCCAUGACAAUCAGGACUCCACCGUCACGUUGGGGUUUUUUUUUUUUGCCAUUUUCUCCCAAUUUUUGAUCCUGUUCCAAUUUCUCCCCACUCUCUCUGUAUUCCCUGUUCCGCAUACAUGAGAAUCACAUGCCCGGUAUUGGAUAGUGCCGCUGUGAUUGACAGGGAUGAGAAAGGGUGUGCCCCUCCCACCCAGACAGAGCGGCUCAUUUUUUCCUCCCGGACACUAGGCCACGGCUGGCUGUGACAUCAUCAGGAUUCAAACUCGCGAGUCUCACAACGAUUGGACGGACGCUCUUCCAGACUUUGUUGGAGUAGCUGGAUCUCAGCCACGGUUCUCCCAGAGAAGCACCAAAACAAAACAAAAUCCCGUCCCCAAAAUGAUUUCAUAAUUGUAUAUUCUCUUCCCUUUUUAGGUUCUUCAGCUAUCUCUGUGCGUUUAAAACUCAUUUGGAAUGCAUGGCGGAUGCAGAUCGUGCGAUGUUUACAUAUCGGGAGGAACGCGGAAAACGCCUCGUCUGAAAUCGCCUACUCAAUGUGAACUCUCUUAACUGACCUCAAGCGCUUAAUCUAAGUGUGUACAUUGUUUUUAUUUUCUAUUCCGGCUUUCACGGUGUGUUGUUUACACUCGAGCUUGUAAAUCCCGCCUUUCCGUGCGAGUCUACUGUAACGUUGUCAGCUUGAUGGAUUGAUGGGAUUUUUUUUUCCUUCUUCUUCUUCUUCUUCUUCUUCUUCUUCAUUUUAUUAUUAUUAUUAUUUUUUUUAUAUCUACACGGGAUGCGAGACGGAUGUAUGUCCGAGGCCGCUGUUUUAAGCGAGCCCGCCGCGUCACGCCAUUUCGCCACUCGGUCGGCGCAUCGAGCGCCCCCUUUUGGCAGCUGAUGUUUGUACGGGGAAAAAAAAUAAUCAAAUGAAUCGUGGGCGAAAAUCGAGUGAUCAAUAAAACAAACAAACAAACAAACAAACAAACGUGUAUGGGGGAAAAUGUUACAAAAUCGUUAAAGCCAUGUCAAUAUAUAUAUUUCUUUUUUCUGUAAAUAGACACCCGAACUGUGUGUACGGAGGUCAAAGGGCAAAUCCGCCCGCUCUCCUCAUGUCUUAUUGAUGCCUUGCCAUGAAUACUUCAUGGACUCUGUUCUAAUACAUCAUAAAAAUACUUAAUGCACACCCGUCUCGAUUCGUGUAUAUGUAUAUCGUCUCAGUUCUGAAUAUUCAUGCUUGAAGACAUUAUUUCAUUAAGAUGUCAACCUGGAACAGACUCCCGCU